UUGCUUCUUCGGACACUCUCUCCGGAGUCUGGUAUUGUGCCGUGGACAUGGCGUCUCUCUCUUCUGUGGCUAACAAUAAUGAGCUUCACGUAGUGAUGUUCCCAUGGUUAGCUUUUGGGCACAUGAUGCCGUUUUUGGAGCUCUCCAAGCGUUUAGCUGAAAGGGGUCAUCGCGUCUCUUUCGUUUCCACACCCAGAAACAUCCAAAGACUCCCCAAGAUCCCUCCAAGCUUAUCAUCUCUCGUGCAUCUGGUGGAGCUCCCCUUGUCUCCCACCGACGGUUUGCCGGAGAACGCAGAGGCAACUGUUGAUCUCUCAUACCACAAGGUCCAGUACCUUAAGAAGGCCUUCGAUGGGUUGGAGGGACCCUUGACUCGUUUCUUGGAGAGCUCAUCCCCAGACUGGAUCCUUCACGAUUUUGCGCCUCACUGGUUGUCGCCUAUCACAGCGAAGCUUGGCCUGCCUUCUGCUUUCUUCAGUCUCUUCAAUGCAUCGGCACUUGCCUUCUUUGGGCCUCCGAAUGCUUUGUUGGGUGGGGAUGAUGACUGUCGGACGAAGCCGGAAGACUUCACCGUUCCGCCCAAGUGGGUCCCUUUCCCAUUGGCGUUUCGCCUCUAUGAGAUCCUUAGAAUGGUCGAUGGCUUAGACCGGAAUGCUUCAGGUGUCUCCGACACCUACCGAAUUGGAUCAGCGGUCCUAGGCUGCGAUAUUGUGGUCAUUCGAAGCUGUAUGGAGUUCGAAUCCGAAUCCGAUUGCUUACGUCUCCUCGAGGAAAAGAUCUACUGCAAGCCAGUCAUUCCGGUCGGUCUACUCCCUCUGGCGGCACCAGCAGUGAAAGAUGCCAUGGGUGAGGAUGACAAGUGGCUAGACCAACAGGGGCGGGGGUCGGUGGUUUAUGUUGCAUUCGGGAGUGAGGUAACACUGAGCCAAGAAGAUGUGACGGAGUUGGCUGUUGGCCUAGAGCUUUCUGAGUUGCCAUUCUUCUGGGUGUUAAGGAAGCCAUCCAGCUUGACCCAGGAAGAGUGGGGACUAUUACCAGAUGGGUUUGAGGAACGAACCAAGGGUCGAGGGGUGGUGUGUAGGGGUUGGGCACCACAGCAGAGAAUCUUAGCACACCCAUCGGUUGGUGGAUUCUUGACCCACUGCGGUUGGAGUUCGAUAAUCGAGGCACUUGAGUUCGGGCAUGCAUUCAUUCUACUGCCCUACUUGGCAGACCAAGGGUUGAAUGCUAGGCUAUUAGCAUGGAGAAAGUUGGGGGUAGAGAUACAGAGAGAUGAACGAAGUGGGUCGUUCACAAGGAGCUCUGUGGCCGAGUCGCUGAGGUUGGUGAUGGUGAGCGACGAGGGCGCAGAGUUGAGGGCCAAUGCGAGGAAGAUGGCAGAGAUGGUGGGCAAUAAGCAACUGCACGAUCAGUACGUGGAUCAUUUGAUUAGCUACAUGCAAGAGAAUAGACGUAGUCACGUAACUCGUAAGGCGUGGCCAUUGAAACCAGGCAAAUAGGGAAAUCUGGACUGCAUCAAUAAUGGCCAGAUGAUCAAUAUGUUUAGGAAAGAAAUACUGCAUAUGGUUAGAUUUGAUUUGGGUUGGUUCGAUUUUGUAUGCAAUUUGGACUGCAUCUGCAUAACAACCCGGAGGAGAACUAAGGUGCCUGAUUUUGUGGUUGGGGAAGAGAGUGAAUCAUGUUUUUAGACUUUAGUUGAACAAUAAAAGAAUAAUCUUGUUCUGUCA